AUGGGCAACGAGGAAAUUUCCGACUUCGAAAAGCAGCGUCUAGCGAACAUCGCCGAACGCGAUGCGCUGCUCAAGAAACUCUCGUUAGAGGCGAAAUCCGCUGGCGUCUUUGCGCCGAAAAUGUCCAAGGGCUCGCCCGGCGGAGACAAAGCCAAGUCGAAGAAAAAGGCGCCGCCCAAGAAGGUCAAGCAGGAGGCAGAGCCGGUGCUGCCCCGGCGGAUGUCCUCGCGGAUCAGGGGCAUCGCGGCGGAGAGUGAGGUUGCGAAGCGCAAGGCGGAAGAGGACCAUGCGGUGUUUCAAGAGGCGGAGAGGGCGAAGCGGCUGCGCAAGUCGGACUCGUUCUCCUUCAAUGAAAUGUUGGUGUCUGGACAGAAGCUGAGCGGCGAUGGGUUGAUCGGGGUCGACGUGGUGACGAAGGGUGUGGCAAUGCCGUAUCAGCGGACCUUUGACGAGGAGGAUAUCAAGAAGACAACGGAUAAGGACUUGAAGGCAUUGAGAGAGGAGAUGAGUGGAUUGAACCUGUGGGAGGCCUGGGAGCCUACUAGAAUCAAGAUCACCCCCGAACGAAUCUACGCCAUGACCCUUCAUCCCUCGGAGGCGAAACCACUGGUCUUCGCCGGUGAUAAGAUGGGCCACCUCGGAGUUCUGGACGCCUCCCAGGAAAAGUCCACGUCCGGUGUCAAACAAGAAGACGACGACGAGGAAGACGAUGACCCCGACCCCGUCCUGACCCAACUCAAACCACACACCCGCACCAUCAGCGCGAUGACCAUCCACCCAUCCAAACCCACGCACCUCUAUACCGCCAGCUACGACAGCUCCAUCCGAGAAAUGGACCUCGAAAAGACCACCUCUGUAGAGCGCUACGCUCCGGCCUCCACAUCCGAGGACGUCCCCAUCUCCGGUGUCGACAUGGCCGCCGACGACCCGAACUGUCUCUACUGGACGACGCUAGAAGGCGAGUUCGGACGACACGACAUGCGCACCACUUCCAAGCGCAACACCUCCUCCGUCGCCACAUGGCGUCUCUCCGAGAAGAAAAUCGGCGGCUUCUCGCUCUGCCCGACGCAGCCGCACUAUGUCGCAACCGCCAGUCUCGACCGUACCAUGCGCCUGUGGGAUCUCCGAAAGCUCUCGCACGACGACCCCAUUCCCGUCGGAGAGCACCAGAGCCGUCUGUCCGUCUCGCAUGCCGCAUUCAACAGCAUCGGACAGAUCGCAACCUCCUCGUACGACGAUACCCUCAAGAUCUACGAUUUCGGUGCCAAGGGCCUCCCCUCCUGGAAGCCCGGCCACACCCUCUCUGAUGACCAAAUGAAGCCGGAUACCGUCGUGCGACAUAACUGUCAGACGGGACGAUGGGUGACUAUGUAUGUUUCCUUCCCCCUACCCAUUACAUUCCGCCCUCCCCCUUCUCCCCUGAAAAAGAACCUCCCAAUUAACCAAUAG